AUGAAUUGGCGAUCAGAACAUAUAUGGAUAGAACUUAUAACGGAAUCUCGAAAAACGAGUAAUUUUUGCUGGGCCUGUAUCCUUUUUUUAGGUUCACUAGGAUUCUUAGUGGUUGGAACUUCCAGUUAUCUUGGUAGGAAUUUGAUCUCUGUAUUUCCAUCUCAGCAAAUCGUUUUUUUUCCUCAAGGGGUUGUGAUGUCUUUCUAUGGGAUCGCGGGUCUGUUCAUUAGCUCCUAUUUGUGGUGCACUAUUUCGUGGAAUGUAGGUAGCGGUUAUGACCGAUUCGAUAGAAAAGAGGGAAGAGUGUGUAUUUUUCGUUGGGGAUUUCCUGGAAUAAAUCGUCGCAUCUUCCUUCGGUUCCUUAUGAGAGAUAUCCAAUCAAUCAGAAUAGAGGUUAAAGAGGGUCUUUAUACUCGUCGUGUCCUUUAUAUGGAAAUCAGGGGCCAAGGAGCCAUUCCCUUGACUCGUACUGAUGAGAAUUUGACUCCACGAGAAAUUGAACAAAAAGCUGCUGAAUUAGCCUAUUUUUUGCGCAUACCAAUGGAAGUACUUUAA